AACCCGCCCUGUGAGACUCACGACACGGGGACAACCAACACCUCCACUGUCGCCUCCUCCAGCAUGAGCCAAACGCUACAGGUUUGUUCAAACCCACCGUGUGAGACUCACGAGACCGGAACCACCAACACCGCGACCACAGCAACAGCUCAACAGGGCGGAGACGUUCUUCAGGUUGACUCCACAGACCCCACCUCCUCUUCUGACCCCACCUCCUCCACAGCCAAUCGGAGCAGAGCUGUUACCAUGGUUACACAGGCAACGCCCACACCCGGACCAUCCAUACCUAUGAUCUCCUCUUUGGUGGAAGAAGACAGGGUUGAGUCCUCAGAGUCCAAAGACACUGUUGCCAUGGUAACAGGGCAGGAACCUGACCCCACAGAUAGCCAACCAGAUGCUGUCAUUCUACAGGUUCACAUGGAGAGCAGCGAGACAGCUGCACAGGUGGCGACCACAGAUCUUCCUCAGGAGCUGAUGUCAUCAGAAGGGGACGGAGGUGAGGCGGUCCCUGGGACGACAACCUUGAUGUUGGCGACAGGACUAACCCCAGAUCAGCUGACUGCUCAGCAGGCCACAAUACAGGCAGUACUGCAGGCAGCAGGACACAUAG